GCAGUAUAAAAGGCCAUGGAAUCGUCCCACGCUCAGAGCUUCCUCCUCUUCUUUCAAAGGCACGCUUUUGCUCUCAGACUCCAGAGGAAGAGACCACAAACACGGCCUCAAAUGGAGAGUGCUGCUCUGCUUCAUAAUUACCUUCUUGUCCCUUCCCGUAAUUCUUCUUCUUCUUCUCCUCUCCUUCAUCUUCCUUCCUCCUCUGACCGCUCGCUUCAUUUCUCUCCUUCUCCUUCUUCUCUGUCUCUCAAGUUGCUGAAGGGAGAGAGUCUUUCUUCUAAUGCCUUGCAAGCUGUCUCUCCUUUCAGGCGUCACGCUGUAGUAUCUGAUACUUACAGCAGUGAAACAACUGAAUUAGCUGAUAUAGACUGGGACAGCCUUGGCUUUGCAUAUGUUCCCACUGACUAUAUGUAUACCAUGAAAUGUGUGAGAGGUGGAAGCUUUUCUAAAGGUGAAUUACAACGAUUUGGGAAUAUUGAGUUGAAUCCCUCAGCGGGUGUCUUAAACUACGGGCAGGGAUUAUUUGAAGGCUUGAAAGCCUACAGGAAAGUAGAUGGUAAUAUUCUCCUGUUUCGUCCUGAAGAAAAUGCAUUGCGUAUGAAAAUAGGUGCAGAAAGGAUGUGCAUGCCAUCACCUACAGUUGAACAGUUUGUGGAAGCUGUGAAAGCAACUGUUUUAGCAAACAAACGUUGGGUUCCCCCUCCAGGUAAAGGUUCCUUGUAUAUCAGGCCAUUGCUAAUGGGAACUGGAACUGUUCUUGGUGUUGCACCUGCUCCAGAGUACACCCUUCUAAUUUAUGUUUCACCUGUAGGAAACUAUUUUAAGGAAGGUGUGGCCGCAAUUAAUUUGGUUGUUGAGCAUGAAUUGCAUCGAGCAACUCCUGGUGGUACUGGAGGUGUUAAGACUAUAGGGAACUAUGCUGCUGUUCUCAAGGCACAGUCUAUUGCAAAAGCCAAAGGAUAUUCUGAUGUUCUAUAUCUAGAUUGUGUUCAUAAAAAGUAUCUGGAGGAGGUUUCAUCUUGCAAUAUUUUUGUUGUGAAGGAUAAUGUUAUCUCUACUCCUUCCAUAAAAGGGACAAUUCUUCCUGGCAUUACAAGGAAGAGUAUAAUUGAUGUUGCUCGAAGCCAAGGAUUCCAGGUUGAAGAACGACUAGUGGCAGUGGAUGAAUUGUUUGAUGCUGACGAAGUGUUUUGUACCGGAACAGCAGUGGUUGUGUCACCUGUGGGCAGCAUCACAUACAAGGGUAAAAGGGUGUCUUAUGGAGAAGGUGGCUUUGGUGCUGUUUCACAACAGCUGUAUACUGUACUUACUAGACUACAGAUGGGCCUAAUAGAGGACAAGAUGAACUGGACUGUUGAGCUGAAAUAAGCAGUCAAAUAAUCAAUAUUAGCAUUUUGCAUUAUGAGAUGUGUGGAGGUAUCCACCUUGUGGCAGUUGGAAGCUGUUUCUCAGUGAUAUAUGUAAGAUAGUAUCUUAUAGCAUGUUGGAGCUAUGUGUUUAAUGGUAAUGCAAAAGUAAAUAAAUAAAUAAUAAUAAUUUAAAAUUUCAUCAGAUAAA